AUGCAAGGAUUCAGGAGUUACAAUCCAGCGGAUGAUCGCGACGGUCUCGUUUUGGAUCUGAUCCAACAACAGCAACAAUAUGCAAGGGCAGCUGUAGCUGCAAACAGUUCACCACCGCCUUCACAGCAACCGGGGUCGCGGUGUAAUAAUAAUAUGCUCCAGCGCGCGCCCGCCUCGCCUGUCUUGAGUGUUUCUAACGGCGGCGAAUGCUCAUCGCCCACAGCCGAUAUGGGACAACAUCAACAACAAAUGACUUCUGCCCAUCAGCAACAACAACAGCAGGCGCCUUUGGAUCCGUCGGUCAGGAGAUAUCGCACUGCCUUCACAAGAGAUCAACUUGCAAGACUUGAGAAAGAGUUUUAUAAAGAAAAUUAUGUAUCCAGACCGCGAAGAUGCGAACUUGCGGCGCAGCUAAAUUUACCGGAAUCUACCGUUAAGGUAUGGUUCCAGAAUCGUCGUAUGAAAGAUAAACGACAACGUAUAGCGGUAGCGUGGCCAUACGCCGCGGUUUAUUCGGAUCCGGCGUUUGCCGCGAGUAUUUUGCAAGCUGCCGCUUCUUCUGUUGCGAUGCCGUACGGUUAUGCGGGACAUCACGCGACGGGACUGCCGCCUUACAUUCCACCGCCGGCCUUAUUGCCGCACCAUUUGCCGCCAGGAUACGGUUACCGCUAUCCCGUCUAUCAGCAACGAACGGUGCCGACAGUUCCCGCCGUUCCUCAAGUAACGAGCACCCUACCGACGCGGUAUACUACCGUCGGCAGCAAUACGCCGCCAAGCCUGAGCCCGGGGAGCGACCUGUGUUGUCGCGAACCGCCAACCGCCGCACCCGCCAGCCCUGUACUAACCUCCAUUCCCGCCGCGACGACCACCACGGAACGACCGUCGCCGAAAUUAUUUAAGCCUUACAAAUCAGAAGCGUAG